AUGAUAAGUGAAAUCUCCAAAGGGCUUUUUCUUGGGAAUCAUGAGACUAUAAGAGAUCGAAAAUUAUUUGAUUCACACAAAAUAACCCAUGUCUUAUAUAUAGGAAAUGAAACAACUGAAGCUGAAAAAUCUAGAGCCAUAUGGAAGACUAUAAGAGUCAACACUGACUGCUGCUUAAGCAUAAGCAAAUAUUUUUCACCAUGUAAUGAGUAUAUCAAAUCUGUCCUCAAAUCCAAUAAAAACAUUCUAGUUUGCUGUGAAAGUGGCGAAUGCUUGGCCCCAGCAUUUAUCAUAGCCUAUAUCAUGUCUUACAAAUCCUCAACUUUUGCCCAGGCAUUUGAAUUCGUCAAGAACAAGCAUCCAUGCAUAAAGCAAAGUCCAGAAAUUAUCAGUCAACUAAGAGAAUAUCAAAACUUUGUAUUGAGCAGACAAAAAAGAAAAUUUCAAGACAUUGAAAUUAAAAAGUGUUUCAUAUUUUAA